GGAGGUGGGCGGGGCGGAGCGGCGGUGUCCAGCCACGUCGCUUUGUUUUCCCACGCCAGGAGCUACCACAACAGGUCAGUGCACCUCGGGGCACCGGAUCCCCCACGCAGGCCCUUCCCGGGGCACCCUUUCCCAACAGCAUGAAAAUCUCCUGCCCCCACCCCACCCCCAGGUGAUUCCCUUCACCAAGUCUGGGUCUAGACUUGGCCCCCGCGAGUUCACCUCCCUGCCUAACCCGCCUGGAGUCCGGGUGAUGGCCCUGGAUCCGCUCCCGGCCCCACGCUCCGCAGACGCGGGAAAGAAGCUCGCGUUUGUUUUGCUGGUGCCAGGGAUACGGUCCAGGCCCCGCCCCGCCCCGCGCUAAUCCCAGGGUAGUGGGAAAGUGCGCUCCCCAAGAAUUUGGGGUGCAGGGGCCGCGGCCACCGCCUUCUGUCCGCAGGUGCUGCGAGCCGUAAGCGCCCCCUACCCGCGCUAUGGGCUCGGACGCCUGGGUGGGCCUUUGGCGGCCACACCGGCCCCGCGGCCCCAUCGCGGCGCACUACGGAGGCCCCGGGCCCAAAUACAAGCUGCCGUCCAACACCGGCUACGUCCUGCAUGACCCGUCGCGGCCCCGCGCCCCCGCCUUCACCUUCGGCGCGCGCUUCCCCACGCAGCAGACGACGUGCGGCCCCGGGCCCGGCCACCUGGUGCCCGCCCGCAUGACCGUGCGCGGCCCCGACGGCGCCCCCGCUUACUCCAUCUACGGCCGCCCGCGCCGCUCAGCGCCCUUCCUCACUCCGGGACCUGGCAGGUACUUCCCGGAGCGAGCGGGGAACGCGACGUACCCCAGUGCGCCUCGGCACACCAUUGCUCCCCGAAACUGGGGUGUCCGGGAGGAGCAGCAGAGCCCAGGUGAGGCCAGAACGGCCCAUCCCAGAACCGUGGGCCUUCCCACUCGAGACCGGGGACCGCCCUCCGGGAGCUGGGACCACCCCGCGCCUGUCCGCGGAGACCCACCACCCCCGAGCCCUGCCUCCUCCCCAGGUCCCGCGGCCUAUACUGUGCCCUCGCUCUUGGGUCCGCGCGUCAUCGGCAAAGUCUCCGCCCCAACUUACUCCAUCUACGGCCGCAGAGCGGCUGGCAGUUUCUUCGAGGACCUCAGCAAGACCCCGGGCCCCUGCGCCUACCACGUCGUGAGUCCAGGGGUCUACAAGUCCCGGGCCCCCCAGUUCACGAUUCUGGCGCGGACUUCGCUCCCCCAAGACAACACUCGGAAGCCAGGGCCCGCGGCCUACAACGUGGAUCAGCACCGGAAGCCCGGCGGCUGGAGUUUCGGGAUCCGGCACUCGGACUACCUGGCCCCGCUGGUAACCGACGCGGACAACUGACCCGCCAGGCGGGAGCGGCCCCACACUUGUUUGCUUAAAGUCUGCGAGUCCGCAUCGUG